AUGUCUUUCUCAAAGAUUGCCGGUGUUGUCCUCGGCUCGGCCGCUCUGGUCGCCGGUCAUGGUUACGUGUCCGGUGCUGUGGUUGAUGGCACCUAUUACGGUGGAUAUCUCGUUACGCAGUACCCUUACACGAGCAGCCCUCCCGAGACCAUUGGUUGGUCCGAAACUGCUACCGACUUGGGUUUCGUUGACGGCUCUUCGUACGCCUCUUCGGACAUCAUCUGUCAUAAGGGUGCCAAGAAUGCUGCCAUCUCGGCUCCCGUCAAGGCAGGUGGCAGCGUCGAGCUGCAGUGGUCUGAGUGGCCCGAGUCUCACCACGGCCCUGUCAUCACCUACCUGGCCAACUGCAAUGGCGACUGCUCCUCCGUCGACAAGACCACUCUGAAGUUCUUCAAGAUCGACGAGGCUGGUCUCAUCGAUGACAGCAGCGUCCCUGGUACCUGGGCUUCCGACAACCUGAUCAGCAACAACAACAGCCGCACCAUCACUAUCCCCAGCACCAUCGAGGCCGGCAACUACGUCCUCCGUCAUGAGAUUAUCGCUCUGCACUCUGCCGGGAACACCGAUGGCGCCCAAAACUACCCCCAGUGUUUCAACCUGAAGGUCACCGGUGGCGGCAGCGACUCUCCAGCCGGAACCCUUGGUACCGCUCUGUACAAGGACACCGACCCCGGCAUCAAGGUCAACAUCUACCAGUCCCUGAGCUCCUACACCAUCCCCGGCCCGGCCCUGUACACCGGUGCCGCCUCUUCCUCAGGCUCAACCACCACCGCCGCCUCGGUUGCCGCUACCACGACUGCUGCUGCUAGCGAGACCACCACUGCCGCUUCAUCCACAGUGGCCUCCGUCGGAGUGAUCUCCAGCGCUUCCCCCGUUAGUGUCACCCCCAGUGCCACCCCCAUCCGGAGCCCUUCAUUCUCUAUCCCGCACUCCAACUCCACCCGUGUGUGCCGUCCCUCGUCGACCGGUCGUCGUCCAGGCCAUGGUCACAGCGCCGGUCCCACGGGCCGUCCCCAGCCCAGCGGCGGCGAGAACCAGGCCUCCACCGUCACCGACUAUGCCACUGCCACUGCCACUGCCACUGCUACAGCUCAGCUUACUGACUCGCCUAAUGUCCAGACUCCUAGCGCUGAUGACACCGUGACCGUCACCGCCAGUGCUGGAGGCCAGUCCGCCGCCAGCUCCACCCCUGCCGCCGGUAGCUCGGACUCUUCCUCUUCCUCGGGCUCCUCUAGCUCCGGUUCCACCUCUACUGGCUCGAGCUCUGGCUCCUCGUCUUCGGGCUCCUCCACCUCCGCGUCUAGCUCUUACAACUCCAGCGACUGGUCUUCCUACCUGAGCUCCCUGAGCGCCGAGCAGUUCCUCAACAUGCUCCGCCAGACCCUCAAGUGGCUCGUCAGCGACAAGAAGGUGCACGCGCGUGACCUGACCGUCUAA